AUGCAAGCCGUUCGCAGCCUCGUCGGCGGCGCAUCAGGUCCCCAAUACCUGACCGGCGACAAGUCCGCCAUCGACGCCUUCAUAGACGAAUUCGACGUCUUCCUCUUCGACUGCGAUGGCGUCCUCUGGUCCGGCGACCACCUCUUCCCCUCCAUCCCCGAAACCAUCAGCAUGCUCCGCGAGCGCAAAAAACAACUCGUCUUCGUCACAAACAACAGCACCAAGUCUCGCGCAGACUACAAGAAGAAAUUUGAUUCAAUGGGGAUCCAGGCGAGCGAGGAAGAAGUCUUCGGUUCGAGCUAUAGUGCUGCCGUCUACAUCUCUCGAAUCCUGAAGUUGCCGGAGCCGAAGAAUAAGGUCUAUGUGCUUGGGGAGAGUGGCGUAGAGCAGGAACUUAAGAGUGAGGGUGUGCCGUUUUGUGGGGGGACGGAUCCGUUGUUGAGGCGGGAGAUGACGCCGGAGGAUUUCAAGCAUGUUUCAGAUGGCUCUCUGCUCGACGAUGACGUGGGUAUUGUGCUCACGGGGCUGGAUUAUCAUCCGAGUUACAUCAAGUACGCACUCGGGCAAGCCUACCUGAGAAGAGGAGCCAAGUUUCUAGCCACGAACAUCGAUUCCACGUUGCCUUCGGCUGGGACACUAUUUCCCGGUGCAGGCAGUAUCAGCGCACCUCUUAUACAAGCCUCCGGGCAAGAACCCCUGGCGUUGGGAAAGCCGAGUCAGGCCAUGAUGGACGCGAUCGAGGGCAAGUUUCAGUUCGACAGGAAGAAGGCUUGUAUGGUUGGUGAUCGGAUGAACACGGAUAUCGAAUUUGGGAUUAAAGGUGGUCUGGGAGGAACACUGUGUGUGCUGACAGGUGUGAGUAAGAAAGAAGAGUUCCUGGCGAGUGGAGCGAAGGUCGUACCGAGUGCUUAUGUGGAUGCGUUGGGAGAUCUGCUCGGAUAG